AUGAACAGCCCCCGGCCCACCCUGCCAGAGCCCAGCCCAGCUGAAGAGGCCGGAGGCCGGGCAGGAAAGGCCGCAGUGGGCGCCCGGGAGAGGGGCCCUCGGCCGGGCCAGCGGCUGCCGUCCAUCGUGGUGGAGCCCAGCGAGGUGGGCGCGGUGGAGAGCGGGGAGCUGCGCUGGCCCCCGGAGGGCGCCCAGAGCCGGGGCGCUGCUGCCCCCUCCCGGAGUCCGCCAGGAGCACCAGGGGACGCGCCAGACGAUGCUGGCAGCAAGCGCACCACCUCCAAGAGCCAGGCCCUCACGGCCCAGUAG